AUGCUGCCGGCACAGGUCCUCGGCGGCGCCGAGGGUCUCUUGGACCUGCCAUCUCAGGUCCUGCAGGACAUCAUCACCCGCCUGCCAGACCCAGCCGCCCUCUCCGCCACCAGCCGGGCGGCGCAGCGGCUGUGCGGCCAGUCUGACCUGGCGUGGUUUGCAGCGCGCCACCGAAUUGCGGCGCCGGGGCGGCCAUGGCAGUACGCCGCGCUCACAUGGCGCCAGCUGCGGCGGCAGUCAGAGGAGGGCAUUGCCCUGUGGUUGCUGCGCUAUGCCCGCUUUCAACAACAGCAGCAGCAGCAGCAGCAGCAGCAACAGCAACAGCAGCAGCUUGGCGCAGAGCCAGACGUCGCAGCUGCCGAGGCGUGCCUGCUGUUGGACAACGAUGCACUCGGCGCGCUGCUUGCAUUAUGCGGCCCCAUGGCCCCGCUACUGCUGUUGCCCUAUGCAGCACAGGGCAGCGUCGCGUCGCUGCUGCGACGCUGGUCGGUGCAGCGCCUGCUGUGCCCAUCCGCCGGCUUUGACCUGGGCGGCGGCGCGCGGCGGGUGCCUCAGAAGGCCCAAAUUUUAGCUGCCGCCAAGUCAGCCCUGCUGGUAGGGCGCUGGCUGACAGCAAAGUGGUUGUGCAGUCUGCUGCCCAGUUUCCCCUCGCACCUUGAGGGUGUGGCGGCGCUGCAGGAGCUGGCCGUCCGCCGCUGCCCAGCCCACGUCGUGAAGGCCUCGCUGGUCUGUGGGCUGCGCUGCGAGCCUGCGGCCCUGCGCCGCGCCUUCAGAGAACGCGGGGACACCGCCGACGCGCCAGAUGUGUUCGCGCUGUGCCACCAGCAGCUGGCUGCCAGCCUCAUGGUUACACAAUAUCAGGACAUGGUGGAAGCAGGCACAAAGUUUUCACACCGUGAAUUGAGCGCCACGACGGGCUGGCAGGCCGCCGUGCAGCUGUGCCUGUGGGGCGUGCCCGCCGGGCCGAGGCCGGCGCUGUGCCAUGUGGGCGUGCAGGAGAAGCUUCUCGAUCUCGCGACCAGCGACUAUCCAGCUGUAGUCCCGCGAGUUGGGGAGCUGAUCGCGGGCACAGCCGUGGCGGCGGCGGCUGCAGGUAAGCCGUUUCUGCUUAACCAGAUCCUGAUGCGCCUGCCGGAUUGGCUGGCGGCGCGCGGCAAGGGCUUCCAGCACGCGCAGGCGCUGGCGCACGCGGUCUGCCGCCUCACCAGCGACGACGGCGCCGGCUCCACUGGCUGGGGCGACCCCGAAAGCUGGGACGAGGGCCUUCCCCCGCUGGCGUCCGCGGCGCUGUUCGCUGCUCUUGACAAAAUAUGGGCGGCAGCACGGCGAGGCGGCAUCCAAAUGAGGCUGCUGCAGGCGGUGGUGGCGGCAGCAGCUCCCUCGUCAGGGGCCGCCCCACACCCUAUGACGAUGUCGAUGGCCGGACGCGCGUGGCUGGUGCCUCACCUGGCGCGUGCCGGCCUGCGGCUUGGCGUGCUCGACGCCCAGCCUUCUUUCAAGGCGCUGCGCCGCCAGCUGGCAGGGUGCAGCUUUGGCGGCGUGGGGCCUCAUGACUGCGGGCCAAAGGGCGCGUGGGGCGGGGUCUUUGAAGAGGAGGUGGAUAACAUGGCUUAUGCCUACUGUGAAGGCAGCACGAACGCCGACAGCUGGCGCCUGAACCUUCCACGCGCCGACCGGCUGCAGCUGGCCGUCAUGCGCUCUGUGCGGCACGGCUGGGCCUCUGAUGUCGUCCAUGCGCUGGACGAGCAGUGGGACACCCAGAGCCAGGCACUUGACGCGCUGCAGGCGGCAGCGCUGGCAGAAGCGGAUGCGUUGGAAGACGAGGCGCCGCCCGAUGGCGCCGACGACCCUGACUUGGACGAUGAGCACCCUGC